GUUUUCCAUUUACCUACUGGGUACCUAGGCAUCCUAAGGACGUCCAGAUCGCUAGCGAAAUUAGAAUGUGUGUAGUGCAACGUAGAUGGAAUAUUGUAAAACCAUCGCGCUUUAGAUAAGAUGAAUUGCGUCAGUCUGUACCUAGAUUCGAUGUGAAUCUGCAAUUAUUACUGGCACGUUUAUUACAGAUUUCCUAGUGUAUCGCAAUGUCUGCUGUUGGUAACAACAGCCUUUGCGUCCCAAGGGACUUCGUUCUUUCUGCUAUUUCGACGGCUCUUGACAAGCCUCAGUCGGCAUUAGUUCUAGAGACUAGUUUCAUCAGUAAUGGCGGCGAUUCUAUGUCAUCGAUUCGAUUACAGGCUAGCCUUCUUGACCAUAACAUACAGCUCUCGAUAUAUGCAAUCUUUUCAGCUAGCAGCUUGCUUCUUCUUGCCGAAUGUCCCCGAGUCAUAGAGUGUCCCGGAUCCGAAACUUUACUCUCCACAAGGAAUAAUGACUCGUCAUUUCACGAUCAGAUAUUGCCUGGGAGCAAGCGGGCUGCUGCAAGUCCGGGUCCCGAUGUGCGCGAUCAUUACCCCAAACGCCACCGUACAUUGAGCGCGGGGAAGCAUCUCAUGCAUGAGAGGUAUCCCAUGACCGAGAUGCAGCUGUGUUUAAUCCGCUCUAGUCAAGAGAACCCAGGUCGCAAUAUUAUAUCAUGUCUCAAAAAAUGUCCGUUGGGGCAAAUACCUGCGUUAAAAGAAGCGUGGAAACACGUUUUGAAAUUGGAACCUAUCUUUAAUGUCUCUUUCGACGUGGGCGACCUUGAAGGUUGGAUGUAUGAGAAGGAAGGGGAGAUUCCGUUUAUCUGGGAAGAGAUAGACGUUACGGACGAGAUCUCAUAUCGCAAAGAGCUUUCCCGUCCCCCGCUUAGAGAAGUCGCUUUUAGCACAAGUUUCAAAGUCUUGAUCCGCCGACAUGCAAUCCAGGCCGGGUGCGAGGCUGAAGAUGAAACCACUGUAGUAUGGCGACUCCACCACGCUUUGGUAGAUAAUAUAUCAGCUGGAUUGAUACUGUCGAAAGUUCAAAAAGUGCUUGCUGGCGAGAGGGUCGAGGCAGGUUAUUCGUUCCCCAAGUUUUCCUUACAACUCCAAGCGCUGCAGGAACGGGACUCCAAAUCAGCUAGCGCCUUUUGGGCUCGCCAGGCCAAGGAACAUCCGUCUCCAGCUACAGAACUACUUAUUCCACCUCCCAUCAAUGCUCACGAGGCUCACAGAACUCAUGAGGCUCACGCGCCGGGUUCUGGCCGAAUUUGGUCGGACUUUUCUCCUGAUAGGCUUAUGGAGGUGGCCAAGCAGAUGGGGGUCACUACUGCUUCUCUAUACCAUACUGCUUGGGUAUUAGUGAUGGCGAAAUACACCAAUUCCGACCAUGUAUGUCUAGGAACCGUUAUUUCUGGUCGAAGUCUUCCAAUCAAAGGGGUCCAAUCAGUCGUGGGGCCGAUAAUAAACACACUUCCGCUCUCUGUUUCUCUCGAACUUCACGAAUCGGUCGGCACUCUCGCCCGUAGAGUUUGUAGCUCGCUGCUAGACUUGACCUCAUUCCAGUGGAGCACACCGGAUCAUGGGUUCUGUCGCAAAUUCUCCUCGGCCGUUAACGUGAUAUCGGAAAUGCCAGCUCCCAGCUGCGUCGUCUCCGACUUCCCCAUUCAGAUCGAUAUUCAGGGCCACGGUCGCAUCGGCAUUAGCUACGAUACUCAAGCCUAUUCGGAAGCAAAUAUGCAUCGUUUAAGUGAAGCCUUGGGCGACACCCUAAACGCGAUCCAGGAGCCGGGUGCUACGGUCAUGUCAUGCCUCGCCUCUAUUGUCAGUGUGUCGCAGCUGAAAGUCCUAGCAGAUAUGGGAAAUUGGACGGCUGAAUCUACCAGGCACACAUUUUACGAGGAUAGUCUCGUCUCUCUAUUUGACCGUGUUGCCACAACAGGAUCUGAAACUAUCGCGGUGGAACACUGCUCUCGCGUUCUAACGUAUGGUAAGUUGCAUGAGCAGUCGACUUGCGUAGCGCAACAACUAGCAAUAUAUGUCGAUCCUGGGGACGUGAUCUGCGUACAUGCUGAUGGGACACCGGAUUGGAUAAUUGCCAUUUAUGCUGUCCUGAAGGCUGGCGCGACAUACUGCCCUCUCGACCCGACCCAACCAAGCGCAGUCCGGGCCCGAAACUUAGCGUCGGCUGGUGCAAAGAUGUUUUUAACUGGAACUAUCGCAGCCAAGGCAACCGCGCCGGCUUCAUGCGAGUUGUGCCUCUCGGUGGAAGAGUUGUUACUGAAGAAAAGUAACUCCGAGAAACUCAAGGCAUUUCGAACACCGCAGUCAGAUUCCAUUGCUUAUAUAUGUCUCACAUCAGGAUCAACAGGCAUGCCUAAGGCAGUCCAGUGUCGCCAUAGGAGUUUAGUGGCAUUUCAAACGCCUUUGGAGGUGCGUCUCUGUGCACGUCCCGGCUGGCGCAUUGCACAAUUCAUGUCGCCGGCUUUCGAUGGAAGUAUACACGAGAUCUUCUCCGCUCUUAGUUAUGGCGCGACUCUAGUGCUCAAAAAUAGCACACAACCGUUCGAGAAUUUAAAGACAAGUGACGCAGCCAUCCUCACACCUUCUGUGGCCAAGGUACUCCGUCCUAAAGACUUCCCUGGUUUAAAAGCCGUAUACCUUGUUGGGGAAGUAGUACCUCGGGUUGUCUGUGAUACCUGGGCUAACGAAGUUCGUCUCUUUAAUAUGUACGGGCCGACUGAGGCUACAUGUGGCGCCACAAUAAAGCGGUUAACGGCGCGGGAACCGGUGACACUCGGGCGACCUAACCCAUCAACGCGGCUGUAUAUACUGGACAGCCGACAACACCUCGUUCCUUGGGGUGUCGUGGGUGAAAUUUAUCUUGCCGGGGUUCAAGUUUCUGCGGGAUAUGCCGGGCUGCCAGAUGAGACAGCAAAACGUUUCCUGCCCGACAUAAUUAACCCUCAGUUUAGCGGCGACUUUAUGUAUAGGACUGGAGAUCGAGCUCACUGGGACGACAGUGGGGAACUUGUUUUCCUUGGUCGGCGAGAUAGGGAAAUCAAGCUGCGAGGAUUCCGUGUCAACUUAGACGACUUGGAAACACAGCUCAAGCUAGCCGACGAACGGUGUACUGAGGUAGCGGUAGCUCGUCAGAAAGACCAUCUCGUUGCCCUAGUUCAACCGGGUGAUCUGGACUUAGAGAAGUUCACGACGCAGGUGCGUGCACAUAUAGCCAUCCACGCACACCCUAGACAUAUUUUAGCCGUGGAAAGUUUUCCCACGAAUAAGAUCGGAAAGCUGGACUAUAAUGCUAUCUCGGCGAUUAGCUUCACGGGAUCAAAGAUCACAGCCAAGAAUCCGUUGCGCACCACCUCUGAACGAAUAGUCGGAGAAACUGUGCGGAAAAUCCUCAAAUUGUCCACCGAUCAUAACAUCGAUGGUGAUGCCAUCUUAAGUAAUCUGGGCGUAAACUCCAUUACGGCGCUUUCUCUAGCCCAUCGGCUUUCUGAAUCGUUUCGGCAGCGGAUCCCGGUUGGAGUGAUUCUGAACUCGAAAACUAUACGGGACUUAUCGUGCGUAUUGGGAAAAUGGUCAGUGUCAGAUGAACCUCCCAACGGUAAAACAUUGGGAAAGUACGGUGUUUCGCCGAUUGAGAAAGAAUGGUGGCACAGGUACCAACGAGGGGGCGAAAAUUCCUCCUUAAAUGUUACCUAUGCUUGUAGGCUUCACGUGUCUCUAGAUACGGCAAAACUAGUCGCAGCCUGGAAUAGGACGCUGGAGAGACACUACAUCUUCCGUUCUAGGUAUCGAUCCUCUGACGCCAACGGCUUAGUUAGGGAGUACGCCAAACACCCGCCAACUGUGGCCGUAGUCAAUGAUAUAGACAUACCUCACGAUACGAGUAUUCCAUUCGACCUUGACAGCGAUGACGACAUCGUCCGUGUUCUUGUUUCCCCGACUCACAUGCUGGUCGUUAUCAGCCACAUAGUCUGCGACCUAACAACUCUGCAAAUGUUGUUGAAUGAAGUAGCGCAAACCUAUCAGGAUAAAGAAUUACCGCCCAUCGAUAAAACGUACGCCCAAACAAUAUGGUCUCAAUCAGCGCCGCCGCGCUAUCUUUCAUUUUGGACAGACUACCUCGCCAAGGCCGCGCGCUGCCCCUUUUCACUAGGGAGUAGUAGAACACCACUAAAAACAUGGGCGGGAACAUCGCAGGUCUAUCAACUCCCAGAAGAGAUGUAUGAGGUGAUGCUAAAUUUCACCGCACAAAAAAAGAUGACUAUGCAUCAGCUUGCUCUCGCUGCGGUGGCGUUGGCGCUACAAGAUAGUGAUAUAAAAUGCGACAUUACCCUCGGCGUGCCUUACAUGAAUCGCAAUUCGGGAGAUGACCUGGACGUAGUAGGUCUCUUCGUAGAACCCCUGCCAAUCAGGAUCCGAUACCCACUACUCGAUGUCCCGGAGUCGCUGGCAUUGCUACGGUCGACUUUACCAGGCCAUGAUUCGUUCCUAGACGCCGUGAAGAGAUCUAGCACGGCAGCGCUAUCACAUGCUAUACCGUGGCAUCAGCUGCUUGCACAGGCCGGCUAUAUCGGGGAGAACGUCUUGGAUAAUCCAUUCUUUGAUGCCAUGGUUAGCUUCCACGAGGCUGAUCAGGAAUUGCGCUUUCCCCUCCCCGGAACAAAUUUUGUGCCUACUUAUGCGGAAGGAGCUAAGUUUAAGCUCAUGGCUGAGUUCACGGCGCGGAGCGAUACAAAGCUCAUGCUCCGGCUAGAGUACAGUGCAGAGUGUUUCACGGGAAAAGAUAUGGAUGCGUUGAAAGGGCUUGUAUUGGGGGCUCUAAGAGGAUUGGUGGCGGAGGAGGGUUAUCAUGUGAUAGCAGGCAGGCUGAGGGAGUUAAGGGAAAGGGAGUAAAAGAUAUUGUAUUUUUUAAGUUUCUAAGUUUAAUCCGAAACGAGUAAUUUUUCAUUUAAAUUCUUCGAUUA